AUGGUUGUCUUGACCCGACAAAAAUGGUUUCCAAAACCAUUCACCGUAGACGUGGGAGAGACAACUUUGACGUCGACAAGGGCCUUGCGCUACCUGGGAGUAAUGAUAGAUGAGAAGCUAUCCUUCCGUGAACAUCUCGAUAGUGCAUGCAUAAAAGCUAGCAAGACAGUAUCCAACCUGUCAAGGAUUAUGGCUAACUGCAUGGGACCACGAACCCGAAAGCGACGAGUCUUGCUUGAGGUAGUCCAUUCUGUAUUGCUAUACGGAGCGGAAAUAUGGGCGGAUAUCCUCAAGCAAAAGACUUAUCGGCGCAAAAUAUCGGCAGUGCAAAGACGAGGAGCUCUGAGAGUUACCUGUGCCUAUCGCACGGUCUCAGAAGCAGCCGUACUGGUAAUAGCAGGAGCCACACCGAUUGACUUGCUAGCUUUCGAGAGAGUAAACUCUACGACGCUAAAUUAG